AUGCCUCGUCAUAGCAAGAAUAAUACAGCCCUUUCGUUCUUUACUUAUGCAGAGAGCCAGGCCCUCGAUUAUGGCACCAAGAAGCAACGUCUAGGUCGCGAUUCAAUGCGCAAUUUUGACGCUUGCUUUUUAUGUCUACAACGUGCACGAGAUCCAGUGUGCUGUUCACAAGGACACUUAUACUGUAAGGAAUGCAUAUACGAGAACCUGCUUGCACAGAAAAAGGAGAUAAAAAGACAACAGACAUUAUUAGAGAUUCGACAGAAGGAAGAAGAGGAAAAAGCAAAAAGGAAAGAGGACGAAGCCAAGGAAGCCGUGAUCUUGGAUUUCGAACGACAGCAAGUGAGAAUUGCACCAUUAUCUUCAAACAAAAAGAGUCUGAAUGUAACCGAAGCAGACAUAGACAAAAAUGCAGCAUCUGAUACUCAGACUAGAGCUGGGACUAAAAGAAAGAUUGACGAAACAGAGGAUACAGUCGAAGGAAGCAACAAAAAACGAAAUUUUUAUCUUGAUGGGGAUGAACUUCGGGCAAUUGCUCAACGGGAACAUGAGGAGGCACUGAAAAGAUUGGAAGAAGAGAAGGCAGAAGCUGCCAAGCCGAAAUUGCCCAACUUUUGGUUGCCUUCGCUUACUCCAUCUGCUGAUCCAGACGAGGUUCAAACGAUUAAAUUGCGAACUGUUUGUACCGCCAGUGAUCCUGAACAUCCUAUAAGUAUCAAAGCACUCAUUACGACCAAAUGGACCGAAGUGGAAGAUGCAAAUUCAAAAUCAUUUGUCUGUCCAUCGUGCCGCCGAACUUUGACAAACACGAUAAAAAUAUCACGUGAGUAUAUUCUAAUUCUUGCUGGCAAUAGUGAUUUUGAACUAGUCAUUGAUGCAGUUAUUUCCCCUGCAGUUAUGAAACCAUGUGGACACGUAAUAUGCAGUUCGUGCGUUGAUAAAUUUGUAAAAAAAUCAAAAAAAUGUUUUGUGUGUGAUGUAAAAUGUAAAGACAAAGAUGUAAUUGAUAUGUCGGGUGAAGGCACUGGAUUCGCGAGUGGUGGUGGUAAAGUUGUUGCUCGAAAGUUUGAUGUUGCAUUUCAAUAA